CCACGCGGUAAGACCGGUGCCCACACGCAUAAACACGUAUACCUGUAUAAAAGUGUCAUCGUGCCAUUCUCGCAGAUAGUUGGCCGCUGCCCAUCGAGCGAACAUGAUCGAGUUUCUGGUACUGUUUCUUGGCGUUUAUGGGGCAUUGGCGGCUCCUCAUUUGCCCCACGUGAAUCAUGAUCAUCAUCUGGACAAUAAUGCGGAAGUGGUCUAUGGGCAGCUUCCCGGUACUGAGAAUCUAAACGAAAAGGCACUUCCGAUAUCCCGCCUAUUCGCUGCGGGAACAAAUAAUCUGCCGGCAAGAAAUAAUCUGGCAGAGAGAUCUCAAGUACCUCAACGACUUCCCGGGAUAGCGAAUCUGGCGGAAAAGCGAAUUCCUGAUACCGUCCUGAAGAGAUUGUCGCAAGUGCAUGAUGUUAAAUAAAAAAAAAAAGAAGAAAAUUGCAGUUCAAGAUGUAAUAUAAUACUUUUCUUCACGCAAUAACAUUUGAAAUAUAUUUAAUAAAUGUCAUGACCAAUUAAUAUCUGAAUAAUUAAUGCAAAUUACGUGAAACUUUUUAUUAAAUUAAAGAAAAUCAAAGCAUAUUUUCAAUAUUUACAAAUUUUAAUGUGCAAGAAAAUAAAAAUCUUUCUGAAAAUUUAUAUGGAUUACGAUGUGAUUUCGUAACGACGUUAUUAUACCAUUAUAAUAAUAAGGAAGAACAUUUAAAUGAUCUCUAAGGGAAUACAAAUUAUUGAUUUGAAGAGUUAAUGUACUCUAUUAAUUUUAUGAUUUUUAGCAACGCACUGAAAUUAACAUUGGUACAUCAAUCAUUUUAAAAUACAUUAGUUAUAAAUAAAUCAAAAUAAUUUUGUUUCAAUAAUUACAACUUCGUAUUAUACAUAUACCGCAUCAGAAAAUGUAAUAUGCAUAAUCGAUAAAUUAUUACAUUAUAUAUCUACUGCAAAGUAUAUAAGGCCCAGUUACUACGUCAUAACAAUGUAAUUAUGAGAGUGAUAAAACGAUUCGAUGAAACCGCACGAGAAAACGUGCAAUUUA